GCCAUUUUGUUUUCGGCGUUUCGUUGGGUUGUCCUGCGUUAAAACAGACGGCCAGAAGGGGGGCGGCCGUGCUUCAAAUUCGCUUUGGCGGCAGUUAAGUUUUUUUUUUUUCUCCCUCCCUAUCUAAUUUCCUUUACCGGUUCUGCCCUCAUGUCUGCCCCAGAGGAAGGCGCACCCAGGCGCCGCUGGGAUGUGGACGGCGAGAAAGUUGUGUAUUCGCGCUCGCAUCUUCUCUUCUCGGGCACUAAACCGCUGGAGGACGCGUUCGAGGUGUUCGUGCCGGAGUCCAAGCACUUCAUGAGCUCAGACACAGAGCUCUGGAACUUCCUCUGCAGCUUGAAACGAGACUUCUCGCCGGUCAUUCUACGGAGCAAAGACGUGUAUGGCUACUCGUCUUGCCGCUCGAUUGUCCCCGACCCCAGCCAGUUCACACGCGGUAAGCCCAAAGACAAACCGCCAGCGGCGGCUCCACCGAAGAAGCUUCCUGUCAAGAGGAAGAGGAGAGGGAUGAGACUGAGCUCCAGGAAGCGGCGGCGGGGUAGGACGGUGGGCAGUGAAGGCACCGGGGGCAGCGAGGAGUCCGUAGCCGGCAGCACUAGCGGAGGCAGUAGUGUCUGCAGUAGCCCGACCCCGUCUGAGGUACAGGGACUUCUACACUUAGGCAAGUCACUUGAGGACAUCUGGAAAGCGGCUACCCCUAAGCUGACGGUGUUCCCCACGAUACGGGUCAGUGAUGUGUCCUGCGAGGCCAAAGUGGCCGCUGCCCGAAGGAAGGCUCAGAAGAUCCUGCAGGUCAACUUGCAGCCUGUGGUCAAGAUCCGGCGCUUCCCGAUCCUUUCCCCCUCCUGAGGAGGAGAUCGGCGGGCAGCCGUCUCCCACAUAGCGGAUCGGGUGCCAUGGUAGCCCUGCUCUGCUCCCUGUGCACUUUUAAUGCUGGUCUUGCUUGGAGCCUUUGGCGACAACAACUUUUGGCUGUGGCUUGGACGUUUUUUAUGUCUAGGCUGUUUACAGAUUUCAUGGACUUAUCGUGUGUUCACUGCACUUUACUGCAAAGAUUUACUACUUUCAUAAUAGAAAAAGGGAUCUUCCUAUUGUGGACUUGUCUCGGGGGAUCCUACUUUGCCUGCCAGAUCUCCGAGUCACAUCUGCCCCUAAACAUAAUGUUGGGAUGUAGUUGCAAUAUUUGUUCAUAUUCUAGAAAUGUGCCUGCCGCCCGCUUCUCGGACUAUAGAUCGACUGAAGGACCUUGUGGCUCUGGAUUCCAUCACCUGACUGCCUAUAAGCCUGUGAAUCUAACGUUAAUACUGUGUGGGUGAUCGUUUUGAUUGCACAGCAUAACACUUGGAAAGGUUCUGAUGGAGCUGGGAGGGGCUUAGUGGGUAUGAAGUUCACCUACCCUAUGUUGGAAGGACUGGGUCACAUGAUAAAGGGGAGUCAAACAUACUGUUUCUGGCAAGCAGAAUGAUUACCUUUGUAAAACCAGGUGGACCAGGACUACUAACAGGUCUGGUUAUGCAAAGAAUUUUCAAGAAUUCACUCUGCAACAUCACGGCCUGUGUUUCUUUGGCAGCAACUACCUCACAAAUCCUGGAGUUUCACAGAAGUCAAUAUCCAAAGACUGUAUAUUUGUGUGUAAACUAUGAUUUCCCUUAUAAUUUGUAUCACUGACUGUUUGCCAAGAAUUUUGAAAGAGCUUUGGUGUGUAAAGAACUGUGACUCUAAAUGCAAGUUUAUGCAAAUGUUAAGUUUUCUUACUUGAAAUGAGAAGGGCAAAGCAAGUUCACUUGUAACUGUAAAACAAUGUGUUUUGUGACACUUUCUCUUGGGUUGCAUUUAAAAAGAAAAUAA